AUGUGUUCGUGUUUGACAAACGAGAUUAUGGAAACGAAGAUGAAAGAAAUGGCGUAUCUGAUCGGAGUAUCGGUUCCGGUAUUCCAAUUCCUUCUUUGUUUCGUUGCCACUAUUCCUGUCAGCUUCUUCCACCGUUUCGUUCCCGGCGGUUCCACCGGAAAACAUCUCUACGCCGCUUUUACCGGUGCCGUGCUCUCCUACCUAUCGUUUGGAUUAUCCUCCAAUAUGCACUUCCUCGUGCCUAUGAUUAUCAGCUACGGGUUUAUGGUAUUCUAUAGGAAACGAUGCGGUUUGAUUACAUUCUUGUUAGCAAUGGGUUACCUCAUUGGAUGCCAUGUAUACUACAUGAGUGGGGAUGCAUGGAAGGAAGGAGAUAUUGAUGCUACAGGAGCCUUAAUGGUGAUUACAUUGAAAGUAAUUUCAUGCACUAUUAACUAUAAUGAUGGGUUGUUAAAAGAGGAAGAUCUCCGACAAACCCAAAAGAAAAAUCGGUUGCUUAAGUUGCCCUCUUUCAUAGAGUACGUGGGAUAUUGCCUCUGUUGUGGAAGUCACUUUGCUGGUCCAGUUUACGAAAUGAAGGAUUAUUUGGAUUGGACCGAAAUGAAGGGGAUUUGGAUGAAGUCUGAUAGACCUUCACCAUCACCUUUAGGGGGAACAGUUAAAGCUAUUCUUCAAGCUGCUUUCUGUAUGGGUGCGUAUAUAUACCUGGCACCGCAAUAUCCACUGUCCAGAUUCACUGAUCCAAUAUAUAACGAAUGGGGAUUUAUGGAACGGUUGAUCUACCAAUACAUGUGUAGCUUUACAGCCCGUUGGAAAUAUUAUUUCAUAUGGUCCAUCUCAGAAGCUUCUAUGAUUCUUUCUGGCCUGGGUUUCAGUGGAUGGACUAAUCGUUCUCCACAAAAAGCACGAUGGGAACGUGCCAAAAAUGUUGAUAUCUUGGGUGUUGAGUUUGCAAAGAGUUCAGUAGAGAUACCGCUUGUAUGGAACAUACAUGUCAGCACAUGGCUUCGUCAUUAUGUUUAUGACAGGCUUGUUCUAAAGGGGAGGAAACCUGGUUUCUUCCAGUUGCUGGCAACACAGACUAUAAGUGCUGUAUGGCAUGGUUUAUAUCCUGGGUACAUGAUAUUCUUUGUUCAAUCUGCUUUGAUGAUUUCUGGUUCAAAAGCCAUUUACAGAUGGCAACAAUCCGUUCCAAGCGAUAAGCGUGGGCUUAAGAAGAUGCUUAUGCACUCAAACUUUGCUUACACAGUUCUUGUUCUAAACUAUUCUGCUGUUGGUUUCAUGGUACUAAGCCUCGAUGAGACAAUCACGGCAUACGGUAGCGUAUACUUCAUAGGUACCAUUGUUCCCGUGGUUUUUAUCAUCCUCGGCAACAUCGUCGCUAAACCAAAGCCGGCCGCACCCAGAGUUCGAAAACAACAGUAA